AUGCAGAAAGACAAUCUCGCUCGGGAGGAGCUUCGCCUAGAACUGGACGGGAACGAGGACGAACAUGGAAACGGGCAAGAUCUCAGCGACGGGGACGCCCCAUCACUGCAUCUCUCAUCGACGCCAGCUGGAUCGUCAUCCGAGACCCACGCAUCUAGCCCCAGCCCAUCAUUGUCGAACCCGUCUGAACCGAACACUUCUGCAUCAACUGGAUCCUUCGGCAUGCGGCGCCUGCAAGUCACCAGAGCUACCACGCGCGGGAAGCCCACCAGCGACGAUCAGAUCGACGUUAACUUGGUUCCUGCCGAUCUGCAACUGGCUGAGAUAGCCAAUCAAGCCCAGCUCCCAUGCCCUGGCGAUACUGAGGAUUUCGCCCACGUGGCGGAAGACCCCUUCACGUUGCCGCGGGCUCACGCCUACGUCACGACCACUCACGACCACCACGGGAUCUUGGAGGAGACGAAUCAAGCGAUCGAAAUCCCCAACACCUACGACGAAGCCAUGAGCUCUCCCCAGCGCGGAGAAUGGAAAGGAGCGUGCAGCAAGGACAUGGACAAUCUGCGGACACACAACGUCUACAAUCUGGUGCCCCUCAGUAGCGUUCCCAAGGGAGAGAAGAUCCUCGCAACGAAAUUCGUCUUCAAGAAAAAGCUGGACGGACGCUUCAAAGCUCGCCUGGUGGUCGGAGGACAUCGUCAAGAGCAGGACAGGAUUACGGACGCAGCUACGCACCACAAGGACAUGGACAAUCUGCGGACACACAACGUCUACAAUCUGGUGCCCCUCAGUAGCGUUCCCAAGGGAGAGAAGAUCCUCGCAACGAAAUUCGNUGCCGUAACGGGCCACGUGGAGCCAUCCGGUCUUUCCUUCAUUCAGCUGGCUGAGAUAGCCAAUCAAGCCCAGCUCCCAUGCCCUGGCGAUACUGAGGAUUUCGCCCACGUGGCGGAAGACCCCUUCACGUUGCCGCGGGCUCACGCCUACGUCACGACCACUCACGACCACCACGGGAUCUUGGAGGAGACGAAUCAAGCGAUCGAAAUCCCCAACACCUACGACGAAGCCAUGAGCUCUCCCCAGCGCGGAGAAUGGAAAGGAGCGUGCAGCAAGGACAUGGACAAUCUGCGGACACACAACGUCUACAAUCUGGUGCCCCUCAGUAGCGUUCCCAAGGGAGAGAAGAUCCUCGCAACGAAAUUCGUCUUCAAGAAAAAGCUGGACGGACGCUUCAAAGCUCGCCUGGUGGUCGGAGGACAUCGUCAAGAGCAGGACAGGAUUACGGACGCAGCUACGCACCAGUAUGCCGUAUCGGGAGCAUUCGCAUGACGUGCGCCAUUGGCUGCCACAACA